UCUCUUCCUGCGAGUUGGGAAGGGUUGUGCCUUCUCAUGAGGACGGAGGAGAGGAACGGUGUGGCGGGGGCGGGGAGGGACCAGUUCCCCGUCGGCAUGCGGGUCCUCGCCGUCGACGACGACCCCGUGUGCCUCAAGGUGCUCGAGACCCUCCUGCGCCGCUGCCAGUAUCAUGUGACGACGACGAACCAGGCUGUUAUCGCGCUCAGGAUGCUGCGGGAGAACAGGGAGAUGUUUGAUCUAGUUAUCAGUGAUGUCCACAUGCCAGACAUGGACGGCUUUAAGCUUCUUGAGCUGGUGGGGCUUGAAAUGGAUCUCCCUGUCAUUAUGUUAUCUGUGAAUGGAGAGACAAAGACUGUUAUGAAAGGGAUAACUCAUGGUGCCUGUGACUAUCUCCUAAAACCUGUCCGGAUUGAAGAGCUUAGGAAUAUCUGGCAGCAUGUUGUCAGGAGGAAAUUCAGUACCCGUGAGUGUGUUACUCUUGAUACCUACGAAGAGUGCAAUAAGCCACUAAGUGCGGAUUCGGACUAUGCAUACGGCCAAGUUACAUGUGGGUCGCCCGGCCAAAGUGGGAGGCCCAGCAAGAAGAGGAAGGAAUACCAUAGCGAGGAGGAAGAUGAAGAUGAGGAUAGCAAUGGUCAAGACAACGAUGACCCUUCAGCUCCAAAGAGGCCAAGAGUUGUUUGGUCAGUUGAACUGCAUAGAAAAUUUGUUGCUGCUGUCAACCAUCUUGGAAUUGACAAAGCUGUGCCAAAAAGAAUACUUGAGCUCAUGAAUGUUGAGAAACUCACUAGGGAAAAUGUUGCAAGUCACCUACAGAAAUAUAGGCUUUAUCUCCGACGGUUAAGUGCUGUGGCAUCACAACAAGCUGGCAUCGUUGCUGCUUUGGGAGGCAGAGACCCCUUUCUGCGCAUGGAUGCAUUUGAAGGGCUCCAGGGUUAUCAAGCAUUCACAUCUCCUGCAGCUCUAUCAUCGUUCAGUGCACAUGGGCUAAGUAGUCCUAGAAACAAUCAGGCAGCAGUUGUGAUACAGGGGAUGCCUGCUUCCAGAUCAAUUCAUACCGGCAGUGGCAGUUCCACAACAAAUAAUUCCAUUGGUGAUGCAAAUAAGUACCAUCUUAGCCUACAAGGAAACCAGCAUGGGAAACUGGCACAAGGUUUAGCCACAUCGCUUGGGCAGGCCCAACUGCAACAGAAGUGGAUGAAUGAAGACAACGGUGAUCUGUCCGCCAUCCUUUGUGGCAAUAGCCUGGUUAAAGGCAUGCCUGGCACGCUCCAAAGUGUCACAAACAGUACAUUACUGCCUCAAGAUCAAGUGGAGUGCAUACAAGCCAAAGCCAUCCAGCCAUCAAUUAGAGCUCCCCCUGCAAGCUUAGAACUUCUCGAAGGUGCCGUUGGAGCUUCUUCUGGUCCGUUGGAGUCUCGUGUAUCCCAGCAGGAUGCUCUUCCUUUAUCUGGAUUUUCUGGGAGCAGGCUGCCAGUGCAUGGUCCAUUCAACAAUAAUGGUGCAACCAGAUUGGGUGACGCAUUCUCAGCAAGUUUUCGUCCAACAAAUGACCUCACAGUACCAAGAGGUAGCAAAGUGGGAGCUAGCUCUUUUGGUGGCACGAUACAUUUGUCUCCAGACACGGAGCAAAAGUACUGGAGCUUUGGAAGUGGAAACAGCUUUAGACAGAAGGCGGAUGAAAGUAGUGCAGACAGUCUACUUGAUCCAAAGCUUGUAUGGAGUUCCUCUCAAGUGACGAGCAAUGUUGGUGCUCAUCAUUCCAUGAGCCAGAGGUCGAACAACUGCACCAUAAAUGUCGGUCAUGGUGCCGGAAUGUUUGGACAGAUAAGUGCAGGUGCUUCACCGGCUGUUCCACAAGCGAAGACCGAUUUCCUCUUGUCAGGAGAUACUUCGAUGGUAAGGAAUGCCUCGGAAUCAAGCAUUCCGAGGCUGCAGACCGAGCUCAGCUCUAGCACCUGCAGUUUCGACGGUCUUCUCAAUUCCAUGAUCAAAGUGGAGAAGGACGACAAUGCCUUUGGUGAUGAUCUGGGGUGUGACUACUACUCGCUCGGGGCUUGCAUAUGACCAGAGGCUGCCGCCCCUGUAUCCAUGUCUCUCUACAACCUGUGUAUACUAUGUUCGCCCGACUGUAUGGUAUGUUAUGGUGUGUAGUGUAGUGUAGCUACCUAGUAUUACUGAUCUUUAGGCCUAGUUCUGCUGCCCUGCUUGGGCUGUAUGUAUUGUAGUAGCCGUAGUAGCUGUUGGAGAACAGGAUGGUUCUUUUGCUAACUUGAGCAGCUAGAGACAUUGAUUGUCUGAUUGUAAGCUUAUAAGUAAGUAAUGUAUGGGGCUCCACUUGGAUUCUGUA